AUGGCCCUGUAUGUCCCAACAGUGUGUUUUCGGUUCUGUGCUCCUAAGGGAGGGGUCCCAGGAGAGCCGCCUCUGCCUGCUGCGUGGUCCGAGAAGUCACCAUCCAGGCUGGUGGGGCGCCGGACACCCUAGAGUGGUGCGCAGGCGCAGCGCCCCUGGCGACUGCCCGCCCGCGCUGCUGCAGGCCCAGCGGGGCGGGCUCUGCGGCCACGUCAGCAGGCGCGGGCAGAUGGCGAUGGUGGCGGCGGCUCUCGGCGCCGAAGUGGGCGUGCGGGCGGCGCUGUUCGCGGCCUUCCUGGUGACGGAGCGGCUGCCCGCCUUCGAGCGGCGCAUCCAGCCCGAGGAGAUGUGGCUGUACCGGAACCCGUACGUGGAGGCCGAGGCCUUCCCCGCCAAGCGCAUGUUUGUCAUCGCGUGCCUGGCUCCACUGGCCCUGAUCAUCCUAGCCAGGCUUCUCAAGAAGGCGGACGCGGCAGAUAGCAUGCAGGCCUGCCUGGCCGCCAGCCUCGCCCUGGCCCUGAACGGGGUCCUCACCAACACGGUGAAGCUGAUGGUGGGACGGCCGCGCCCCGACUUCUUCUUCCGCUGCUACCCGGACGGGCUGGGCCGUGCAGGGCUGCCAUGCACCGGGGAUGAGGCCGUGGUGAACGAGGGCCGGAAGAGCUUCCCCAGCGGACACGCGUCCUGUAAGACGCGCGGCUUCCUGCGGCGGGCGGGGGCCAGGGACCUCCGAUGUGCGCAUCCUCGAACCCCUGUAGUGUUUGUCGAGGCCCUGGGCUCCGUGCUGGUAGUAGGAAAGUGGCUUUCUGGGCCCUGGCAAAUACCAGGGACAGCGGGUCCCGAAGUCAAGGCCUUGGUUUCCCGGCCCUUUCUCUGCCCUCAUGCGCCACCCUGGAGGGUUGGAGGUGACAGCCAAGGCCCUGCAGUUCCCGCUCUCCUCUUCCAGUUGCCUUUGCCGGCCUGGCCUUCGCGUCCUUCUACCUGGCGGGAAAGCUGCACUGCUUCACGCCGCAGGGCCGUGGGGAGGCCUGGCGGCUCUGUGCCUUCCUGUCACCUCUGCUCUUUGCCGCUGUGAUCGCACUCUCCCGAACUUGUGACUACAAGCACCACUGGCAAGAAACAGGAGCGCAGGCACAAGCCAAGGCUCAGCAAGGCCCAAGGCUCUGCACUGAAUGCUGCAGGAAAGGGUAUGGAAGCCCUGGGGAGAAGUCCUCCUGGAGACAUGUGUGACAGUGCAGCCCAAGGUCCCCCCAGACUGGGCACAGCAGACUCGUAAGGGGGCAAGGUCAGCGGACAGCAGUAGGACUCGUGGCUUUAUUCUGCCCAAGAAAUUAACUUGGGCCACCUGAACUCAGGUUCUGGUCUGGUGCAGGGAACAGUGACAACCCCAUGGGACAGGCUCCAGACAACUCCCACAGGGCAGCACGGUAGGGCUGGCGGUGUGGCAUCCCAGGCCUAAGUGCAGCUCCCACACCUCUCCCUUCAGACGUGCUGGCCGGGGCCAUGCUGGGCGCCACACUGGCCUACGUGUGUUAUAGGCAGUACUACCCCCCUCUCAGCGACGCCCAGUGCCACAGAGCCCUCCGGGACAGGGGCAGGGAUAGGCCCGCACCUCACGUUGCGCACGGCCAGCCUCAGGACUCAGGCUGCUUGGACGUCUAAGAGCUGCGCCUGCAUCGGCAAGGCGGGAGCAGCCGGCGCCUAGAGCUCUCCACUGACCAUCAGGGGACUCUCUGAGCUGGCGUUAACUACGAAACUUAAGCUCCGCAUCUUAACGUCUAGACGGGGAUCCCAGCUUGCAUUUACUUCCCCUGGUGGCACUCCACUCCGCUAAGAAGGUGAUCAUUGCCACCAGCAGGAGGCUGCUCUUGUUCAUCUGUCUCCAUGCCAGGUGCUCCUCGCCCAGAUUCAGCUCUGGCCGUGGAGGCAGGAGAGACCACCAACAGGGAGGCCACGAGGGACAGGCAUGAACUCCUGCUGCCCCUUUGCAGGACCUCAGGCCGCCCCUUUCCCAUUUCUCGGGGUUGUGCUUUCACUGUUCCUGCCUCACACCUUCCCCUGAGGCGAGCUUCUCUUCACUCUUUCCCACCAGUCAAUAAAACAGAAGGUGUGUGCUGUGACCUCCCUGGGCCUGUCCCGCCUGGGGUUGCCGUCAGUACCAGUUCUCUAGCUGAAA